AUGGCCACGUUCGUCAUGCAGGCGCUGGGAUGCGAGGUCGCGGCCAUCAAUACCGUGCAAUUUAGCAACCACACGGGCUACCGCCAAUUCAAAGGCCGACGCACCCCGGCCAACGAGAUCAAGGAACUCUACGACGGCCUCCGCCAGUCGUACCUGACGGACUUUGACGUCCUCCUCUCCGGGUACUCGCCCUCGGCCGAGGCCGUCGAGGCCAUCGGCACCAUCGCGCGGGACCUGCGCUACCGCUCGACCGUGCACCCGGGCGGGUUCUUCUGGGUCCUCGACCCCGUCAUGGGCGACCAGGGCAGGCUGUACGUCGCCGAGGACAUCGUGCCCGCGUACCGGGCCUUGAUUCGGGAAGCCGACUUGAUCCUGCCGAACCAGUUCGAGGCCGAGCUGCUCAGCGGCGUGAGCAUCAGCAGUUUGAGCGGCGUGGCCAACGCGGUGAGGACGCUGCACGCCGUGCAUGGGACGAGGCAUGUCGUCGUCACGAGUGUGAGGGUUGGCGGGGACGCCGGGGCCAAGCAGACAGGCACAGAGGCAGAGGCAGACACAAGCACAGACACGGGCAGGGGCACGGGCACCGGUGCAAACACACUCACCGUCGUAGGAAGCACGAAGAAGCAAGACGGCGGGGCACGACUGUUCAAAAUCGACGUCCCGAUGUUGGAUUGCUAUUUCAGCGGCACAGGCGACAUGUUUGCGGCGCUCAUGGUCGCGAGGCUGCGCGAGGCGUGUGCGCAGGCCAACCUCCUGGACCGAGCGGCGUGGAUGCCGGAGGACGACGUCGAGGCGACCGAGUUGCCGCUGGCAAAGGCCACGGAGAAGGUGCUCAGCAGCAUGCAGAUGGUCCUGGAGAAGACGUGGACGGCCCGAGACGACGAGAUGAAGAAGUUCGGCAGGAGUCCCGGGGCGAGUGUGGGCGGCGUCGAGGGCGAGGGCGAGACCGUCGGCGAGGGCCAGAGGCGGUUUUUGGCCGAGACAAAGGCCGCAGAAGUGAGGGUCGUGCGGAACGCGAGGGAUUUGAUGCAUCCCGAGGCGAGGUACAAGGCUCAAGCCAUCGAGGUGUGA